GGAGAUGUCAUCAUCUAAGACUUAGGAAUAAUAGCUCUGUUUUGUUGUGUUGUUCACGAACUAUGCAAAAUGAAGAUAUUAAGAAGCCAUAACGUUUUAUACUAAACCCAAACAAACAAAACUCAAUCUCAUCCGACAAAGUUAGAGAAACGAAACUAUAUUUUAUUAAAUGAAAAUGAAAAUAAAUGGAGAAGGUGGAGAGUUGUGAGAAAGACAGGUGAAUCUACCAAUAAUCUCCUGCCUUAGAAGAAUGGGUCUCAUGGAGUUUGGUUGAUUAUAUAAACCUAUUUCCUUACUUUCUUUUAUCUCAAAGUAGAUACAAUUUUACUUGUUUUUUUUCUCAUUGCUCAAAACAGAGUUCCGUUGGAGUUUUCUUUAAAAAGUUUGUCCCUUUUCGUUCAAUCUUUCCCUGUUUCUGACAUUGCCGUGAAAGUCUCAAAUGCUCGUCUAAUAAAGCUAACACUUUUGUCCGAAAACUAAGCUCUUUGAAACGUCAGGGAAAGAGAAUCCCGCAAUACUCUCUCCUCUCUCUUUUUUUUUUUUUUCUGGGUCGAAGUUUGGUUCUUUGUUGGAUAAUGAUGGUUUUUGACAGUGAAUCUAACCUAGACCGAUUCUUACGCUGCACUACACCGAUUGUGCCUGCCUAUUCCCUCCCAAAGACACAGAUCAAGAACCUUAAUCCUCUAUGGUAUCCGUUGGAGAGCCAGAGCGUCGAGUAUUUCAGGUUGGGAGAUUUUUGGGAUUGUUUCGACGAGUGGAGUGCUUACGGUGCAGGUGUCCCCAUUGUAUCGGAAACGGGCGAAACAUUGGUCCAAUACUAUGUUCCUUACCUCUCUGCAAUCCAGAUUUUCACCUCUCAUUCUGUUAUCAAUACUCUUAGGGAGGAGACAGAAUCAGGGGAUUCAGGGAGCGAGUCGUGUAGCGAGGAGUGGAGAUGGGAAGGAUGUUCUUCGUCUGAAGAAGGGUUUGAUCAUCAAGAACCUCUCGAUCGCCUCGGUUACUCUUACUUGCAGUAUUUCGAGAGAUGUACACCUUACUCUAGAGUCCCUCUCAUGGAUAAGAUCAAAGAGUUGGGAGAAAGAUACGUAGGGUUGAGGUCAUUGAGGAGUGUUGAUCUGUCUCCUGCGAGUUGGAUGGCUGUUGCUUGGUCUGCCUUUUCUUCUUUUUCUUGUUUCAGAAAACAAAGUUAAGGUUAAUGUAGUAAAAUGGUGACGAUGUUUGAUUGUAUGUGUAGGUAUCCAAUCUAUCACAUUCCCAUGAAUAGAAGCAUAAAAGACUUGUCUACUUGCUUCCUCACUUACCACACGCUUUCUUCAUCUUUCCAAGAUGUAAAAAGGGAAGAGGAGAAGGAGAGGAUAAGUGUGAGUGCAUUUGGGAUGGCCACUUACAAGAUGCAAGGGAGGCUAUGGGAUAAUGAUAGAUUGCUUUGCUUUUUGAGCGUAGCAGAUUCUUGGCUAAAGCAGCUAAGGGUCCACCACCAUGACUUCACCUACUUCACCACUACUACUCAUUAUCUUUGAUAUAUGUAGUGUUUUAGAUCAUUACUUGGUUAACAGUCUAUUUAGCUUUGUUGUUUAAGAGUAGCACAUAUCAAUAAUGUUGGAUUGUUGUUACUUGGGACUCUUUGGGAAGGAUAGGUACUGACUUUUUCUUCACAAGACUUUUAUAUCAUAAAUUUAGUUUGGGGUCAGAUUGAUGAUGAUGGGCUCAAUACAUUUAUUCUUUUCUAAUGUUUUGUGGCUUUCUGUUUGUACAAACGCACGUUCUCUUGAUUUUGGUAUCCUUCUCUUUUUAACAAUUUUCUAAAUUUCAUAACAAAAAAGAAGAAGAUAUAUACAGAGAUAUAUAUUGAUUUACAU